AUGGCUAGCAUCUUCAAACUCUUCCUCGCUAUGUCCUUUUUAGCUCUUACGUUCAAAGUUAUGGUUGAAUCAAGGCCAAACCCUAAAACAAGUUUAACAUCAGAACUAAUGGUUAAUGGUGAGAUAUCGGACUGUUGGGGAUCUUUAUAUGACCUCCAAGCAUGUACUGGUGAAGUUAUCACAUUUUUUCUCAAUGGUGAAACGUAUUUAGGUUCCAAUUGUUGUCAAGCCAUCAAAAUCAUUCAACAUGAGUGUUGGCCUACUUUGCUUGGUUCUUUAGGAUACACAACUGAAGAAGGUGAUGUACUUGAAGCCUAUUGUGAUACCACGAUUGAUACUGAUAUUUCAACAAUGUCAUCUCUUCAGUUGGCAAUGGCACCUUCUAUCAAGCAAAAGAAUGAGCCUAAAAUCUUCGCUCCAUGA